AUGACCGCUGAAGUGGAGCGUGAUAUUGAGGUGGCGCGUUGUGGUGCUCUGGCAUUGUGGUCUUGCAGUCGGUCACGUAAAAACAAGUUGGCCAUGAAAAGAGCUGGAGUCAUAUCAUUGCUGGCACGUUUGCUCAAAUCACCUCAUGAAAAUAUGUUGAUUCCAGUGGUUGGGACAUUACAAGAAUGUGCUUCCGAGCAAAACUACCGAGUCGCAAUUCGGUCCGAGGGAAUGAUUGAGGAUCUGGUGAAAAAUCUCAAACGAGAAAAUCCGGAACUCCAAAUGCAUUGUGCUUCUACAAUCUACAAGUGCGCUGAAGAACCGGAAACACGUGACUUAGUACGGCAGUACGGAGGCUUAGAGCCACUUAUUGGACUGUUGAAUAAUCAGGAGAACAAGGAGCUGCUAGCCGCCGCAACCGGAGCGAUUUGGAAAUGUGCCAUUUCACCGGAAAAUGUGAAACAAUUUCAAAAACUCGGUGCUAUAGACAAACUUGUUGGACUGUUGAACGAACAACCGGAGGAGGUCUUGGUCAAUGUGGUCGGUGCACUCGGUGAAAUGGCCAAGGACAUGAACAAUCGUAGCGCGAUCCGUAAAGCGGGUGGAAUCGGACCGUUGGUCUCGUUAUUGACACGAACCAAUCAGGAUUUGUUGAUCAACACCACACGAGCGGUGGGUAAAUGCGCGGCGGAACAGGAGAGUAUGGCGUGA